GUUUUAAUGUUUUAAAGGUUUUUACUCAGUUAUUUUAUAACUAACAUGACUUGUGUCAGACACGGUGCUGUGUUUUGUCUUCACAGGUUUAUGUUUGUCAGUCUGUCUGACAGCGCGCAGCUGAGAGCUGAUUUUUCCCACAGCCUUUGAACGCAGCACAGCCCCUCUUUGAUGCGGCACCUUCAGACGGACUUCUUCCUUCAGUCCGGGAGCGCAGCUGCCGCGCGUGGACCUGCGUGACGACACGACACGGGAGAAGUUCUCCUCCUCAGCCACGCUCCGGAUAAAUGUUUGUUUUUCUUUCGUUCACCGGGAAAACAGCAGUUUUGGACACUUUGAACCUCUCAGACGGAAAAAGAGGGAAAAAAAGCAUCAGGUGUUUGUUUUGUUCCUCGUGGAGCAAACAGAGGUCACUUUGCUCAGACUGAACAACUUCUGCUCAGAUUUGGUUUUCUCSUUUUGACCUGUUUGUUGUUUGUGACGGACAGCUGAUGAGAGUCUCUGCGGCUGCUUUGGAGGAAAUUGAGCAGGUAAAAAUCUCACAGGCUCGUUAAACUGAUUGGAACGUGCCAACCGGAUAUGAACUUUCUCCGUGAUGACUGGGAGCUGUGGUGAAUGAUUGACAGCGCUCACUGGGAUCUGCUGGACCUGGCUGACUUGGUUUGGACCAUCAGGAGCCUUAAAGUCAUGGCUGCCAGCCUGGUGCUACUGCUCCUCUGGGGUCCUGGUUUCACAGCAGGAGCCUCCAAGAACCUGGUGUGUGAGCCCAUCACGGUGCCCAUGUGUAAGGGCAUCGGCUACAACUUGACCUACAUGCCGAACCAGUUCAACCACGACACCCAGGAGGAGGUGGGGCUGGAGGUGCACCAGUUCUGGCCUCUGGUCCGCAUCCGCUGCUCUCCGGACCUGCUCUUCUUCCUGUGCAGCAUGUACACGCCCAUCUGCCUGCCGGACUACCGCAAGCCCCUGCCCCCCUGCCGCUCGGUGUGCGAGCGGGCCAAGCGGGGCUGCUCGCCCCUCAUGAGCCAGUACGGCUUCGAGUGGCCCGAGAGGAUGAGCUGCGAGCAGCUGCCCCAGCUGGGCCACGAGGUCCUGUGCAUGGACCAGAACAGCAGCGAGACCACCACGCUGGCGCCGCCCUUCCCCAAGUCCACCCCCAAAGCCAGGACCAGACCGCCCAGUCCGUCUCAGUGCGACAAGGAGUGCCGCUGCCGGGACCCYUUGGUGCCCAUCAAGCGGGAGUCUCAUGUCCUGUACGGCCGGGUCCAGACCGGACCCUUACCGAACUGCGCCCAGCCCUGCCACCUGGCCUACUUCUCGGCUGACGAGCGAGCCUUCACGAGUUUCUGGGUGGGCCUGUGGUCCGUGCUGUGCUUCGUCUCCACGCUGACCACCGUGGCCACCUUCCUCAUCGACAUGGAGCGCUUCAAGUACCCGGAGAGGCCCAUCAUCUUCCUGUCGGCCUGCUACCUCUUCGUGUCCCUGGGGUACAUCGUCCGGCUGGUGGCGGGCCACGAGCGGGUGGCGUGUGGUCUCGGCAGCGCGGGGGGCACCCAGCUGCACGUCCUCUACGACGCCUCGGGCCCGGCGCUCUGCACCCUGGUCUUCCUGUUGGUCUACUUCUUCGGCAUGGCCAGCUCCAUCUGGUGGGUGGUUCUGUCCCUCACCUGGUUCCUGGCUGCGGGGAUGAAGUGGGGCAGCGAGGCCAUCGCGGGGUACUCGCAGUACUUCCACUUGGCCGCCUGGCUCGUCCCCAGCGUCAAGUCCAUAGUGGUCCUGGCGCUCAGCUCCGUGGACGGGGACCCCGUGGCCGGAAUCUGCUACGUGGGGAACCAGAGUCUGGAGAACCUGCGGGGGUUCGUCCUGGCCCCGCUGGUGGUGUACCUCUUCACGGGCUCGCUGUUCUUACUCGCUGGCUUUGUGUCGUUGUUCCGCAUCCGGAGCAUCAUCAAACAGGGCGGCACCAAGACGGACAAACUGGAACGGCUGAUGAUUCGCAUCGGACUCUUCACMGUGCUGUACACGGUCCCCGCCACCAUCGUGGUGGCCUGCCUGGUCUACGAGCAGCACUACCGGCCCGGCUGGGAGCGAGCCCUGGCGUGCUCCUGCCCGUCGGAGCGCCAGCGCUCGGGCCUGGGCCCYGACUACGCCGUGUUCAUGCUCAAGUACUUCAUGUGUUUAGUGGUGGGCAUCACGUCCGGGGUCUGGAUUUGGUCCGGGAAGACUCUGGAGUCCUGGAGGAGGUUCGUGGCUCGAUGCUGCCCCUGCUGGCCGCAGAAAGCCACUGCGCCUCCGUCCAUGUACAGCGAGGCGAGCACAGCGUUGACGGGACACGCUCGGACCGGGUUAACGUCGGGGAUCUACCACAAGGCUCCGCCGUCCAAUAUGUGAACCAAGAUGGUGCAGACUGUGCAAAAACAUCAAACACAAACUGUGAUUGUGCAAAAAAAACACACUAAAUCUACAUGUUUGUGUCAUUUUCUCUAAAU